AUGUCUGAUAUAUCGAAACUAAUAGGAGCUGUGGUGGGAUCUGAUGACCCCGUGAUCAUUGAAUUUGUACUGAACAUUAUAAAUAAGUCCGCCAAUUUGCAAGAGUUUAUACAAAAUAUCCAAAAAUUGGAUGCCGGCAUAUCCUACGAGGACAGUACCAAGAUGUAUGAUGCAUUCUCAGGAAAGCAGGAAAAAGAAAAAAUACGAAGUACAGUUAUAGAUCCACCGUUAAGUCAAAAAGUUCAUCAAGUGCUGAAAGAUGACGUUAAUUUGGAUGACCCUGUUGUGACUGAAUUUGUUCUUAGCAUUUUGAAUAAAUCUAAAUCAAUAACUGAGUUCCAGGGACAACUGAAUUCGAUGCAAAGCGGACUCGAUAAUGAAACAAUCUUCAAAAUAUAUCAAAUUGCAUCACCACCAGUAAUAAAAGAAGAAGCUUCUGUUUUUCCAAGCACUAAGAUCCCAAUUAAGAUAGAAGAAAUCCGGGAAGAAACACAAAGAAUAGAAAGUUUAGACCCUAGCCCUGUCCUUCAUAAAGUUUAUGAAGGUAGAGUGAGAAACAUAACUUCUUUUGGCUGUUUUGUCCAAAUUUUUGGGACACAGAUGAAGAACUGCGAUGGUUUAGUUCAUAUUUCAGAAAUUUCAGAACAAAGAACAUUGGAUCCACACGAUGUUGUGAAACAAGGCCAACACGUAUUUGUCGAAGUGAUAAAAAUUCAAAAUAAUAGAAAAAUAUCGCUCUCGAUGAAAAAUGUUGAUCAACAUAGUGGAGAAACCAGCAAAACAAAUAAUGAAAGCGUCGAAGAUAGAGGUAGAUCCAGGGACACUCAAACAAGCAGGAAAAUGAAAAAUAAAAUUAAAAGGCGCGCAUUGACUUCACCGGAAAGAUGGGAAAUUCGGCAACUCAUUGCUAGUGGUGCUGCUUCCAUUGAUGAUUAUCCCGAAUUGAAAGAUGAAAUACCCAUAAACACUUCCUAUUUGACCGCAAAAAGGGAAGAGGGUAGUAUCAUCAACACUGAGACAGAGAACGUGGACUCAAAACCGAAAGAAGAACAAGAAAAAAAUGAGACGGAUGAAAUUGAUGUUGAGCUAAAUACAGAUGAUGGGCCCAAGUUUUUAAAGGAUCAGCAAGUCAAGGGGGCCAAGAAAUAUGAAAUGCCUAAAAUUACGAAAGUUCACAGAGGAUUUAUGAAUCGUUCAGCAAUGAACGGCUCAAAUGCAAUAAGAGAUCACAGAGAAGAAAAAUUAAGGAAAAAGAGAGAGAUUGAACAACAAAUUAGGAAGCAACAAGCAUUCGAUGAUCCCACGAAGAACAGAAAGGAUUCCAGGAACGAAAUUCAAACGUUGAGAAAUAAGCUGGUCGUUACCGAAUGGGAAAGAAACAGGAUGAAUGAACCUAUCUCAUACGGCAAAAGAACUUCCAUGCCAAUCAGUGUACAGCGUCAAACUUUGCCUGUAUAUGCGAUGAGAUCAGAAUUGAUGCGCGCUGUGCGUGAAAAUCAAUUUUUGGUCAUUGUUGGUGAGACAGGCUCGGGUAAAACCACUCAGAUUACUCAAUACUUAGAUGAAGAAGGGUUUAGUAACUAUGGGAUGAUCGGAUGUACCCAACCUCGUAGGGUUGCUGCUGUGUCUGUUGCUAAAAGGGUAGCUGAAGAAGUUGGCUGCAAAGUUGGCCAUGACGUUGGUUAUACUAUUAGGUUCGAAGAUGUCACUAGCCCGAAUACCAGAAUAAAAUAUAUGACUGAUGGUAUGUUACAAAGAGAGGCGUUGUUAGAUCCUGAGAUGUCAAAAUAUUCUGUUAUCAUGUUAGAUGAGGCUCACGAAAGAACCGUGGCAACUGAUGUUUUAUUUGCAUUGUUGAAGAAAGCGGCCAUUAAAAGGCCAGAGUUAAAAGUAAUAGUCACAUCCGCCACUUUGAACUCUGCUAAAUUUUCUGAAUAUUUCUUAAAUUGUCCAAUUAUUAAUAUACCUGGUAAGACGUUUCCCGUGGAGGUGCUCUACUCACAGACGCCCCAAAUGGAUUAUAUAGAGGCAGCUUUGGAUUGUGUAAUCGACAUCCAUAUUAAUGAAGGGCCAGGUGAUAUUUUAGUCUUUCUGACCGGACAGGAAGAAAUAGACUCAUGCUGUGAAAUUUUAUAUGAUAGGGUAAAAACUUUGGGUGAUAGCAUUGGCGAAUUACUGAUUUUACCUGUUUAUUCUGCUUUACCAAGUGAAAUCCAAUCGAAAAUUUUUGAACCCACUCCAAAGGGCAGUAGAAAAGUUGUAUUUGCUACAAAUAUUGCAGAAACUUCCAUCACUAUUGAUGGCAUUUAUUAUGUCGUAGACCCUGGAUUUGCAAAAAUCAACAUUUAUAAUGCUAGAGCAGGUAUCGAGCAGUUGAUAGUGUCUCCAAUCUCUCAAGCACAGGCAAAUCAAAGAAAAGGUAGGGCGGGGAGAACAGGUCCUGGGAAAUGCUAUCGACUCUAUACAGAAUCCGCAUUUUACAAUGAAAUGUUAGAAAACACGGUUCCAGAAAUUCAAAGACAAAAUCUUUCUCAUACUAUUUUAAUGCUAAAGGCCAUGGGAAUUAAUGAUUUAUUGAAAUUUGACUUCAUGGACCCACCGCCCAAAAAUUUAAUGCUUAACGCGCUGACAGAAUUAUACCACUUACAAUCACUGGAUGACGAGGGAAAAUUAACAAAACUAGGUAAAGAGAUGUCAUUGUUUCCAAUGGAUCCCACUCUAUCACGCUCCUUAUUAUCAUCUGUUGAUAAACAGUGUUCCGAUGAAAUUGUUACUAUAAUUUCAAUGUUGUCAGUACAGAACGUUUUCUAUCGUCCGAAAGAUAAGCAAUUGGAAGCCGAUAACAAGAAGGCAAAGUUCCAUCACCCAUAUGGUGACCAUUUAACAUUAUUGAACGUUUACACUAGAUGGAAACAGGCAAAUUACUCAGAACAGUAUUGCAAAACAAACUUUUUGCACUUUAGGCAUUUGAAAAGAGCCAGAGAUGUUAAAAGCCAAAUCAGCAUGAUAUUUAAGAAAAUGGGACUAAGGUUGAUAAGCUGUCAUAGUGAUCCUGAUUUAGUUCGUAAAACAUUUGUAUCGGGGUUCUUCAUGAAUGCUGCAAAGCGAGACUCACAGGUGGGUUAUAAAACCAUCAAUGGUGGUACAGAGGUUGGGAUACAUCCUUCGAGUUCAUUGUACGGAAAAGAGUAUGAAUACGUGAUAUACCAUAGUAUUGUACUAACUAGCCGGGAAUACAUGUCACAGGUAACAAGCAUUGAGCCCCAAUGGCUCCUGGAAGUAGCACCUCAUUUUUAUAAAGCUGGAGAUGCUGAAAGUCAAUCUAGGAAGAGAGCAAAAAUCAUUCCAUUGCAUAAUAAAUUUGCCAAGGAUCAAAAUUCAUGGAGACUGAGCUCAAUAAGACAGUCAAGGGAAAGGGCAUUAGGUAUCAAGAGAUAA